UGCAAUAGAUAUUUCUCAAGGAGAAGUAUAUAUAAUUUGCCGCGCUCUGAAGCGUUCUUCCCCUUCAUUAUUGUUUCGUUGCAGAUUCGAAAGGUUCAAUCUUUCUUUGAAGUUCGGAGACUGAAGAUUGGGGUGUCUUCAGGUGACCCGCAAUGGAGAUGAAGUUUCUUGGGAUGGACUUUAGCUGUGCGUUUGGAUCUCUUAGCAAAGGCGAAUUCCCCGAGAAGGACUGUUUGCUUCCAUUAAUAUCAAAGCUACUGGGCUACGCUAUAGUCGCCGCCUCCAUGACUGUCAAGCUUCCUCAGAUAUUAAAGAUUCUGAAUCACAGAAGCAUCCGAGGGCUUAGUGUGGUAGCCUUUGAGCUUGAAUUACUUGGUUAUACAAUUGCCUUGGGAUAUUGUCUUCACAAAGGACUUCCCUUUUCAGCUUUUGGCGAGUAUGUAUUUCUCCUAAUCCAAGCGUUAAUCUUAGUUGCAAUCAUCUAUUAUUUUUCUAAACCGUUGAGCACAAAGAGAUGGAUGAUCGCACUACUAUACUGUGGUAUAGCGCCAACUAUUUUAACAGGAAAAAUUGAUCCCAUCCUUUUUGAGGCUCUAUUCGCUUCCCAGUAUGCUAUAUUCCUUUUUGCUCGAAUUCCUCAGAUAUGGAAGAACUUUAAGAAUAAGAGCACAGGAGAGCUAAGCUUUUUAACGUUCAUGAUGAACUUUGCCGGUUCCAUGGUGAGAGUUUUUACCAGCGUACAAGAAAAAGCUCCAAUGACUGUUGUCAUGGGUUCUGUGCUUGGUAUAUUGUUGAAUGGCACCAUCUUGAGUCAAAUCAGCCUUUAUGCGAAGCCAACCCCAAAGAAGGAAAAGAAAACAAAUUAGAAGUUGGACAUGCAAGCGAGGACAUAGAAUGGGUUGAUUUCACUGCCCGGUUUAGCUGCCAAGAACCAUGGCAUUUUAAGGUGCACUUUUGUUGGGGACUUCCUAUUUACCAUUUUGCUCAGUUGCAACACUUCUAUUGGGGACUACUUAUUUCUGUUUUUGCUCAGUUGCGAAACAGAGAUCGCAUGUUGUAACUGCUUUGAAUUUCAUUCUUCCUGCAUUAUGUUGCUGUUAUGUUAUGUUCGCACUUGCAUGAUUUACCUGUGCUCUUUGGGACA